AUGGAGAAGACACUGGAAGUUAUCAUGCCAAACAUCAAAUAUGGCGGUGGAAACAUCAGUGACAUCAUCGAUGAUUUUCUUCAGAUAAGUUACAUCACUGGCGACAGGCACCCAGCAUUGAAGUAUCCGGUGUCCGAUAUCCGGGCACCAGACGUGGGCACUAAUCUCACAUCUGGUGAGGGGCUGGCAAAUCUGUUGCCAGGGACGUACGAGUUGGAGUACAAGUUGGGAACCAACGAGACGGAGUACAAGGUCGCCGAAGUCAUUUGGCAGGUCUGCCCGGUGAUUCUCUUCCUCUUCGGCACGUUUGGCAACAUCUUCAUUCUCAUGAUGCUGAGAACUUUACGACUGGGCCGAACCUCCAUGCACAUGUACCUGCGAGCCUUGGCUAUAUCGGACUUAUGCGUCCUGUACACAGGUCUUCUCAGAUGGUGGAUUAUCUGGACAUUCGGGAUUGACAUUCGGGACUUGCAUUCACUUCUGUGCAGGGGCCACCCAUGGUUGGUCUAUGUGGCUCUGUAUGUCUCCGCUUGGCUUUUGGUCUUCAUGACGUUAGAAAGAACGUUCUCGGCGUGUGUACCUCACCGGGUUAACAUGUUUUGUACCAAACGAAGAGCGUGUUGUCUUAUCAUCCUGAUUGUGGUUUUGCAGUCGUGCAUGCAAUCACAUUUUCUUGUUGGAAUGACUUUACGGGAAUCGGAGGGAAAUCAGACUCUAAUUUGUUUGCCUUCGACAGAAGAAUAUAAUACGUUCCUUCACAGCAUAUAUCCAUUUGUGGAUUUAGUACUUUUAUCGCUGAUUCCAUUUGUUUGUGUUAUUCUCGGAAAUAUAAUUAUUAUAUGGAAAACAUUUCUUUCCUUAAAAACUGCAGCAGAGCUGAAUUUAACAUCAGAGAAGGGAGCCAAUUUGAGAAGGCGGCGAGCUUCGUCAAUGACAGUCAUUCUUAUAUGUCUGAGUACCUUAUUUCUGUUGACUACGUCACCCACGUGUAUGUAUAAUAUGUGGGAAAGGGGUGAAUCGGCUAAAGUGAUCAUGAAGACUUCUAUAGGCGCCGCACGGACAGAAUUAGCUUGGGCGUCGGUCAGCAUCAUCAUGUACUGCAACAACACCUUCAACUUCUAUCUAUAUUGCCUCAGUGGACGGAAGUUCCGAAACGAAAUCAAACAACAGUUCUCAAAACGGCGAACCGACUCCCAUUCCGCAGCCUGUUCGGCUGCUUCCAUUCAGCUUUAUCGAUGUUCACAAAAUGAGCGAAAAUACAGCAGACGAAGUGAAAAGGCGGGUGGGUCUCCGAUUAGCAGAGAAAAUAACAAUGGUUGUCAUAACGACAGGGAAAUUUUCAACAGCAGUCAUGAGAAUGGUACUUGUUGUCUUUUGGUGGGGACUUCUUACAAAAACAGCGUCUAUUUAUAG